CACUAAACUAGGAGGGUCGUCUGCGCAUUCCGUGUGGACGGCAAGAGAACCAAAAGACCAGUGAUGCCGGGUACAUUGUGAGGCAUACGGUUACAUAGAACGCCGCACAAAAAAAAAACAUUCUACCCUGUACAAUUGCGACGACAGAACUGGGAGUAACGUUUCAUAGCAAAAAAGAGUUUUGUGCUACUGCUUUUUGUUUUGUAUUGACAGCACAGGCUUCAACAUUGACAAAAAGAGCCGCGACACCAAAUGGAUGACAGCCAUAGAAGAUUCCUGCAGGCAAUGAUGCGCAGGGGCAUUGUUGACGAACCAACUGCACAGCAACUCCAUCAGCAUUGUUGCAGUAUCCAGAACACCGUUCAUGCCCCAGACCAAUUUGAGGACUAUAUUGAUACCAUCAACUCUAAUCUGGAGCCCAUAUUCAUGCAGAUUAGAAAAGGAAUGUGUGAAGACAGCGGUCUGCAACACUAUGCUUUGGUUAACAUGAUUGAAACGGAUGUCACCAGAAUGACGUCUGACUACGCUGAUCAUGAACUGGAGGUUUUCCGGAAAAUAAUGGACCUGGUCAUGGAUUCGGACACUGGCAGGGCCUACUCCACUGAAAUUCUCAAUUCCGCCAUCACCCUGCCCCAAAAAACAAAGAAGACAGAGACAGAACAGCUGCUCAAUCGAUUUGUGCGUGACAAUUGGCUCACUGAGAAAGAGGGCGAAUACUGCUUAUCCACCAGAUGUAUCAUCGAGAUGGAGCAAUACAUUCGCACUAUGUAUCAAGACCAGGUCAAAGUGUGCCGCAUCUGUCGCAACAUUGCCUUCCAGAGCCAAAUGUGUGAGAAUCCAACAUGUGGCAUAAAAAUGCACAACCCAUGCAUGGCCAGAUUCUUCCGAGGAACGACUGAGCCUCGCUGCCCCGCUUGUAAAGACUUUUGGCCGCAUGAGAUCCCUGAAAUCGAGGAACGUCAGUAAGAAUCCAGCAAAUGAAGACCUCGGGAUCACGUGUUUGUAAACAAAGUUGUAUAUAUUUGAAUAAAUCUUAUAACACAAUUGUUACUCAACCUUAAACAUUUUACUGAUAUGACUACAACUUGGAAGGUAUGGGACAUGUGCCCCCCCCGUCCCCUGUGUGUGAUGGCUCUUCAAAAAGGUAAGCAGAGGUGCAUUGUGUUUUGUUGGAUGUAUAGAUUACUGUUAGCUAACAGCGCUAAAUUCUGGCUUGUACUUGAUUGCUCAGUGAAGUUGGUGGUGGGGUAUUUUUGCUCGGCAAUAUGGCCAUCCACCACAUAAACGCUGACGUCUAUGAAGAGCUCCCUCCAUGAGUGAAAAUGUAUAUGGACGCUCGCAUAUUUGUUUUCCCAGUCUGGGUGCUGAUCCUGCUCUUUUAAUUAGUGAAUAAAAUGUAAGACGCAAGACAGAGUUACAACAUUGCUGCUUGAUCAUCAGUAUUUGUACUUGACUUGUUUAACCAAGUAUCUGUACAGUACUUCUGUGAGGGAGUACUUUUGCCGUAACGCCAUCUUUGCCAAUUAACUGUUCCUGUGAUUAUUUUUUUUCUCUUGUCCAGAUCUUAGUAGCAACCAGUGUUGCCACAGUUACCUGGAAAAUGUCACUGUUACUUUACUAAUUUAUUGAUCUUAAAAGUAACUGACUUUACUGAUUUAGUUCAAAAGUAUAUUGGGCGUACACACACACCAUUGCUCCCACCAUCGUAAUUUUGAUGCGAAGAGCGAGAAAAGGUGACAAGAUAACGCAACUGUUUAACUAGCAAAGCUGUGGGUGAGGGACGGCGGGAGAAGCACUUACUUAAGUAACGUCAGCCAUGCAGCGUGUUACACCAGCUCAUAGUCUGGACUACAGACGAACUUGAAAGUUCUCACUUUGAAUUGUAAAUAUUAUUUAAGAUGAGUAUUGUAAGUCCUUCAGUGACAACGUCCUUUCGCGUUCCGGUGUAAAUAAUUAGCCCACAAGGCAUUGCUUGUUUGACACGACAGUAAAACUGUAUUCUUAAUCUGUAAAUUAAAAAGUAAAACCAAUCAAAUACGCUUUUUACUAUGGAAAAUAAAAAUUGUGUGGGUAAAGUGAACUCGUGCAUUACUUUACACUUAAAUGCUAAUGUACCGUCACUGUGCAUUGUAGAGUAAACAAUCCCGUCCCAAUCACAUUUUGUGUGUGUGAGGCAUUGAAGACCUGAGAGUAACUUUUGCUGGUUUGAAAAACCUGGUAAAAGUAACGCGUUACUUUGCUGGAUACUCAAAAUGACGGCGUCACUGUUCGCGACAUUAUCUAUUAAUUCAUCUUUCCAAGAAGUAGGCCGACUGUACCGUCAACUGAAUAGUCUUGCAAUGUGGUCCCUUGCCCACGUGAUGGCGCGCUCGGUUAAAUUUGUUGGCGUCUGUGAGCUCUUACUAAGCUACACACGAAACAACCUAUGUUAAUUGUAUCUUUUUGAUGACAUAUUCUCUGACCACAUCCGUUUCGAUAUUCCUUUACCUUUAUAUGAAUGCUUCCCGCACUGCGAUUUACACUGAAAACGUUCCACCUAUAAAUGUAUUGCUAAAACUGUAAAGAUUAACUAUCAGUACACGUCAAUCAACAAAUUGUACAAGUUGGCAGUAAAGUAUAUUUUUAUGCCAUUGUAGCAACAAAGCAGACGCUCAUGUCAAAGAAAAUAACACUCUUUUCAUUUAUACCUGCGGAAUUAUAUUAAUUGUAUGCAGGAAUAAAUCAGAUCAAUAAAAAUGGUAUUGCAUUUUAAGAUUUAGGUAUUAAUAACAUUCUGUUUAACUUUAAAAAAGGAUUGUUUUACUCCAUUUUACAUGAAAAAAAUAUUUCAUGGUACGUAUCCCCCCCCCCCCCCAAAAAAAAUAAAUAUAUAUAUAUAUAUAUCACAAUAAUUCAUAUUCAAAAUAUUAUAUGAAAGGAAGUAUUUUUAAAGUUGAUUUGUGGGUCUAACAAAAGUGUUAUCCUGGAUCUUGCAUAAAACCUCAACCACGUAGCCUUCUCCUUAUGGUAAACUCACACUACUGGUACCCCUUCUAUCAUAGCAUGGUUUUGUCUAAAACACUGUAAAGGUUUGAAUAAACACUUACUCAUGGCAAUUUUGCUUCAUUUCAUCUACUCUAUUUCAGUCCUUACUCUCUGAUAGUAGAUGAUGUAACGAACAUUACCCAACAUUAAUAUUGGUAUCCCCCCCCCCCCCCCCCACCAAUAUGUAUGUGAUGAUCUCGUGUCAACCGUAAUAAUGAUAAUUAGAUUUUUUUUUAUGUUUAACUUUUUUAUAUUCUGUGGCUGCUAUCCACUCACUGAUAUAAAAUGUUUGAGUUAAAUGCUUAUAGAAUACUCUUUUUAUAAAACUGAAGUGAGCAAGCUGUUUUAGAUUUAAAACAGUAGUGUUGCAGUGUCUAAAAUAAGUUUAUUAGGUAUUCAGUUUGACUAACCAUUAAUUAAUUUUUUUUGGCAAUGCCUUUGGUAUAGCAUAAGAGCAGUCAGAUGGUUUUACAUGAAAUAUGAAAAUAUAUAAAGUUGUAUGAAUAAAAUGUUCAAUUUUAUAAACUAUACAAAAACUUACAAAAUGUUUCAAUAUUAUUUUACAUACAUACCUGUGAGUCCAAAUAAUUAUUGAAAACUCAAAAAAAUGAUACACGUCAAUACAUUUCAUUUCACAGUGUCUGUUCUGCAGAUUAAUUGAUUGUCAUUUCAAUAAAAAAAAAAAAUCCCUCUCAUCUAGGACUGUCAGUCUCUCACACUGUGACGAUGACACCUCUGUGCAACAAAUAGAUGCUCCACUUUGGUGUCAAGAAAAUGUCAAAGUAAUAAAUGUAGCCUCAACUGAUGGUUUGGGAGAGGACGGAGGGUUGUGCAAGGGGGCUUCAGAUUUUUGGACGGCUGCUUUCCUCCAGGCCUAAUGAAUUCAUAAAGCCAAGCGUAGCCAACGAGGGAAAUGGCACGGGCCCUUUCCCCCACGAAAAGGUUGAGCUAAAUCUACAGCUGAGCCUGUUCUGUCCGCUCGCUUUUUCUCAAAGCUCUCUUUAACAAACUUGUCUCACACAUACGAAGAGCCUUUUUCUCUGUUUUGUAGACAAACAUCUUCAUAUGCUUCAGCUCCCCCUUGCAGUCUCCCAAUGAGCUCCAGAUCACUGUGCAGCACGAAACAUUUUCAGUGUGCUGUCUCUGGCGGUAUGUCACUGAUAUCAAAAUGUUUGAAGAUUUGCAGGUCACUGAGGUCACUUGAUAUCUGUUCCUAGGUUAAAUGCAAGUAUGAUAUGGGUGCUCCCAGAUUACUAGCCUUUGACCCUCUGUCCAACUUGAAAGGAGCUUUCUUUUAAAUUACCACCACGAAGUUAAUAAUACACAUGAUUUCCAGAAACCUCAGUGGAAAAGAUUGAAGAAACUGCUGAGUCACAAUUAAGAAAAAGGGAAAAUGCUCAGAGACAUUGUCAGUUAAGUGAAAGGAUAAAGAAGUGCAAAUGAAUGUAUGUAUUUUUUUAAUAACGAUGAUUUCCAACCGGGGUGCUAUGGCACACGUGCCAUUAGAGAUAAUCAGGGGUGCUCUGGGAAUUACCUAAUUUCAUCUGAUUUGUCUGGAAUUUUUUAAUUACAAAUAUAUCUUUGUUCAUCUAUCGAUGCUAGUGGCGUAUUGUGACAGGCAGCAUAGUUAAAUGUUUUUCCAUUAGAUGGCAGAAAGUACAAUUAACCUGUAUAGCUACCUGUUGCCAUUUAUACAGCAGAAUAGGUCAUGAUGUCCUGCGAGUAUCAGAUUUGUGUUCAAUUAAGCAGGUCCAGAUUUGCACUGAGUAAGUCCAUUUCUGAGUAAACUGAAACGAUUAUUUCAGUGUUCAUACUCCUUAUGACAUUUUUCUUUUGUAGUGUGCUGUGAGAUUUUUGUCAUGUAAAAUGGGUGCCAUGGCUCAAUAAAGGCUGGGAAACACUAUUUUUUUUAAUAUCCGCCUGAGGGUACUUACAGUGUAUUCUUGACACAUUUACAGUAUGCGCAAGGAUACAAGAUAAUUGUUUUUCCCUUACCAUUGGGGAUAUUCUGGGGAACCUUUAGAAAAAUACUUCAAUUCAGAUUCCAACUUGUCCUAAAAAAAAAAAACACAGUUUAGACCAUGCACAUACAGGUCAGAGUUUACAGCGGUCCCGACUUAUGACAGUUCAAGUUUCGGAGGAGAGCGUAUCCUCAAGCCCGACGCACACUGUGCAAUGCCGCCGAACCAGACUUGGACCUGACCAUCGCAAAAAAAAAAUAAUACAAAAAUAGAAAAGACAGUUGGCGACUUCCCUCAUGUAACUAGUUGCCGAACCCUGCACACUGCGCAGAAGUUCAGUCGGGUUUGGCUACAUCACUCGAUGUGCUUUCAGGCCCUGCUGUUUGUGAGGAUUAGGAACUCAACACAGCUGCGAAUUGAAAAAAAACUGGCGGUGAACGCCCCCCAAAAUAUUAAUGUAGGCAAAUAUAAACACUUUAAACAGUAAAUACUGUAUACCACAAACCUUGAUAUCAAAACACUUUGUUUUUAAAUUCAUUGUACAUUACCCUAAAAUAAAUAGUUUAUAGAUCAUUUGAUUUAUACACUGACAACCUGGAGUAAACCUAUUUUAGAACAGUCGAGAUGUAUCACUUCAACCUAUUUCCUUGACACCAAUUAUUACUUUCCCAUUAGACAGGGCUUUGGUGGCAUUCAUCUUAGGGUAUUAUAUAAAGAGCACCAAAAUUUCAGCCAAUAAAUGAUGGAGGGUCAGUUCCAAAGAAAAAAAACGCAAAUAGGUGAAUUCUUGAAUAGUUAACCAUAAAUGAGGGAUCACUGUAAGCAAAAGGCACAUUCAUUUACCAUGGUACGUACUUACUGGUUUUCAUUCCAUUUCAUGGUGUUAUGGAAAUGUACGUCAUUAAUUUCUCUGUAAUCAUUUUGAAAGCAGGUUGACAUUAACUUGUGCUGUUUUACAAAUUCCACUUAUGCUGUAUGUGUUGUCCUGCAAGAUUCGUCCCGAAAGCUGUCAACCACACAAACUUUGCUUUUUACUUGACCUGUUUAUCACCCCGAUAAACAGAAAUCAGUUUGUCGCAAACAUCUCGUGUUCAUAUACUAUAAAAACCCUGCUCUGAUGAAUCCUUUUUUUUUGUACACUUUGGCAGACUGCUCGCACUCGGCCAGACCUGUGCCUCAUUGAAGCUUCAACAAAGUAACCCAAAGACGGAUUGUUUUCCAGACUAUUCUUUUUGACCUUACUGAAAAUUCCAAUUGUUUAAUUAGUUAUUUGUUAUGGCCAAGAAAUACUUUUCAUCCUAAUAUUUACUGUAAUUAUGACAUUUCAUAUACAGCACGAUAAUAAUACAUCAUUCUGUUCUGUUACUGCCGUAUUUAUGCUUUUUCAUUCGAUUGUUUAUGAAAUAUUUACCCCGUCCCUGUGAGAAAAUCCGUAAUGAAGUUUUAGCAUGCAUCCAAAAUGUUCUAUUUUUGGGGGUUCUGAUUUUUCAUAUUAUCAUUGGAAGAAAAAAUGGAAUUAGGUAUGUUUGGGUGCUAAUGUCACUGAUGGUGCACUGAUAUACUCGCCUGACUUUGGUGCAGGAAGUGUGGGUUAAUUUCCCACUCAGUGAUGAAGUGAAUGUGAGUGUGAACGGUUGUCUGUCUCUGUAUAUGCCCUCCCUGUGAUUUCCUGGCGACCAGUCCAGGAUGUAGUCUGCCUUUCGCCCGAGGUCAGCUGGGAUAGGCUCCAGCUCCCCGUGACCCUGAACUGAUUAAGUGGUAUAGAAAAUGGAUCUGGGGGUACCGCAGUUUUCCUGGUAUGUGAGUGCUUUUUGCCCCACCAUUUUUUUCUCGUAUCCAAACACAUUUCAAUAAUAACUUGAAAAGAAAAAUGAACUUUGAACUAUCUGUUUUUGAAUGACUAAAUAGAAAAAUGUUUCCUUUAUCUUAGCGGCAUAGACUCUGCAUCAAUU